AGAAUUUAAGACGUUUGCUGAUGCCAAAAGUAGAUUUUGGACCGGCUGUCAUCGAUCAUGUGCUGCAUAAAUACAAACUGGAAAAUUGUGUGCUUGAGAAGAAAGAUAGUCCAUCUGAAGGUGAGAAAAAAGAGGAUAAUGUCCCCGCCGAAAUAGAGAAUCAGCAAGGUGAAAGCAAGGCCGGCAAAAAAUCAAAGAAGCAAAAGAAAAGAGGAGGGAAUCCAAUAAAUACACGAAAUUUCAAUAUAGAGACUGAUUUACCUACUCUUAUGCAAGCAAUUCAAGAAGCCAACGAGAUUUUUGUACAAGGACGCUCUUCUGUCCCAAAGGGUUAUAUUAUUCAAAAACGUGAAGAGAAACCUGCAACUGACGGUAGCGAAUCGAAAGAGGCCUUUUACCAAAAUAUUGAAUAUCAUCCAUUUUUGUUCGCACAGUUUGAAGGUCAACCAGUAGCUGAGUUUGACACUUUCAUGUUAGCUGUGGAUGAGUUUUACUCUACGAUGGAGGGGCAGAAAAUAGACCUGAAAACAUUACAGCAGGAGCGCGACGCUUUGAAAAAACUUUCAAAUGUUAAAAAAGAUCAUGCCAAGCGUCUUGAAAACCUUACAAAGUCGCAGGAAGUGGAUAAACAGAAGGCUGAGUUGAUUACAUGUAAUCAACAAUUAGUUGACCACGCAAUAUCAGCUGUUCAGUCAUUAAUUGCAUCGCAAAUGUCAUGGUCCGAUAUAGAUAAAGUUGUUAAGGAAGCUCAGGCUGAUGACGAUCCUGUGGCUGGUGUGAUUAAGCAACUGAAAUUGGAAACUAAUCAUAUAUCUUUACGGCUCUCAGAUCCAUAUAAAAACUUUGAGGAAGAUUCUGAUGAUCGCGAAACUAAUAGCGAUGAUUCCGAUGGUUUGCCAACACUAAUUGUAGAUGUAGAUUUGGCACUAUCCGCUUGGGCUAAUGCUCGAAAAUAUUACGACUUGAAGCGCUACGCAGCGAAAAAGGAGCAGAAAACUAUUGACGCGUCACAAAAAGCCUUAAAAUCAGCUGAAAGAAAGACGCAGCAAACGUUGAAAGAAGUUCGUAUAAUAUCGACGAUAUCAAAAGCCAGAAAAGUAUAUUGGUUCGAAAAGUUUUAUUGGUUUAUUAGUUCUGAAAAUUACUUAGUUAUUGGCGGUAGAGACGCACAACAAAAUGAAUUGAUUGUGAAACGUUACAUGCGAGCAUCCGACAUCUAUGUACAUGCCGAAAUUCAAGGAGCUUCGAGUGUGGUUAUACGAAACCCCAGCGCAGGUGAGAUACCACCCAAGACAUUACUAGAAGCAGGCACCAUGGCUAUAUCAUACAGUGUGGCUUGGGAUGCCAAAGUUGUGACAAAUGCGUACUGGGUGCGCAGCGAUCAAGUCACCAAGACAGCACCUUCCGGUGAAUACCUGGGUACGGGUAGUUUCAUGAUACGCGGCAAAAAGAACUUCUUACCAUCGUGCCACUUGAUAAUGGGCCUGAGCUUACUAUUCAAGUUAGAAGAUAGUUUUGUAGAAAGGCAUCGUGGUGAGCGAAAGCUGCGCACCUUUGAGGAAGAGCAGCAGGAAUUGGAAGAGCAAGAACAACGAAUGAAUCAGUUGGGAAUAAAAGGCGAUGUGGAAAUAGAUCUAGAAGGUGAUGACCCCCUAGAUGAAGAUGCCGAGGCAGAAGAAACCGCCAAGCAGGGACCGAGCAUCCAACAACUGGAGAAAGUAAAUGAAGAGAAUGAAGAGUUGGAUGUCUCGGACAACUUAACUAACUUCCCAGAUACGCAAGUAAAAAUUGAACACGAUACAGGGCGGAUUACCAUACGAAGUGACUCACUGGUAGACACAUCUCCUAACGUAGUACACCAAAAGCUUGCAACUUCAGUCAAAGUAGAUAUAAAUGAGGACGAAGAAGCAACCAUCAUACCAGCUGCACCGGCCCGGAAAAAGCAGCAGCAAAAUGCCAAAAAAAGGAAAGAGGAGAAAGAGAAAAAAACGCAGCAGGAAUUAAGGCAACAGCAACAAAAUGCGGCUGAAAAAGAAGAAAAGAAUGCUUCGCAAAUAAAACGCGGACAGCGGGGUAAGCUUAAGAAGAUGAAAACUAAAUACAAGGACCAGGAUGAUGAAGAGCGUGAGCUGCGCAUGAUGAUCUUGAAGUCAGCGGGCAAGGAUAAAAUAAGUGCAGCCGAUAAGAAGAUAGAGGAGGAAAUAAAAACGCAAGUUUCUCACAAAGAAAAGAAGAAUUAUGAGAGAAAAGAGGAGCCGUUCCAGUUGGGCGGUGAUAUGGAUGAAGGUGAUGAUAUGCUAUCUGGUGCUGAUGUGGCCAUGUUAGAUUCACUUACUGGACAGCCAUUGGAAGGCGAUGAACUAUUGUUCGUUAUACCAGUUGUAGCGCCUUACCAGGCACUGCAAAAUUACAAGUUUCGUGUUAAGUUGACGCCAGGCACUGGUAAGCGUGGGCGUGCUGCCAAGACAGCGCUAACCAUGUUUUCCAAGGACAAAAGCUGCGGUCCACGAGAGAGGGAUUUACUCAAGAGCAUCAAAGAAGAAGCGCUGGCUAGAAAUAUACCAGGAAAGGUGAAGCUUUCGGCACCCCAGCUGCAAAAGUUCAAGAAGUAAAAAUGGAUGGCUUCCAAAUAAUCUUAGAGCCUUCGCGAUUACGUCUGUGUACAUUACCUAUACAAUGAAAAAAAAAAAA